CCAUCGAACACAUGGCGAAUGUAUUGCAGGAAGGGAGCCAACCCAGGGAUCUUGGGACUUGGUGUGGUGCUCAUCCACUGCUGCAGACCAAGGAUCUUAUCGAUCCCACACCAGGGUCGAUCCCGAUCCAGGUUGUCCGAGAGUCGUCAAUGGGACCGACCCUGGUCUGGAUCUUCUUCUCGGGAGUGAGUGCGCUCGCCUUGUCGUCCUUGUCCACGGGUUCUGGUUUGGCAUCAGGAUCCUUCUUCAGGAUCUUGUACCUGAGUGUGGUGAUCGAGCACCCGACUCCAUCGGUGGUGAUCUCGCAACCAAAGAGCUGCUUGCCCUCCUUCCUGGCACCAAAGAGUCUCGGAUCCAGCUUGAAGUUGGUCUGCCAGAAGGACUCUUGCUUUGUGGUGUCGUUGACCUUGGUCUUCAGGUCGUCCCACUUGAGACCAGUGCCAGUCUGGUAUCCAAGGAUCUCCCACAGUGCUUUGGUGUCGAGCUUGAUGUACUUGGCUCGGGCAUCGCAGAGAGGGACCAAGGUGCACUGUGCUCGAGGGGUUCGCUUGAUCCGCUUCGUGUUCACAGCGAUCUGCUUGCACACCUCCUCGUGCUGGGUCUGGACGCGACACAUCUCCUCGUUCAGUCGUCCACGCUCUCCUUUCAGAACAUCGGUAUCCCUCACGAGCCUGGGAAUGAUCAUCUUCUGAAAGACCACCAUGAAGAGGGCCUCCUUCAGGUGGGUCAGUCGAGAGACCUCACUGGCCAGAAUUGGUACGACUUUGUACAGGUCCUGGUGGCUUUCGUACCGAAACUCAUACAACUGGUCGGCAUGGUGGGCGAAGGACUUCCUCAGAUCACCGAGGAGUGUCUUGGAGAGGGGAUUCUCCAUCAACUUGACACAGUUGUCGACGUGUGUGUGACGUUUG